ACAAAGUGAUCACUAUGUGGCUUAUCGUGUUUAUCGUGUGUUGGAAAAAAAACGCAUCACCGUUUUACGUACCCUCAAUACUGCUGUUUUCCUUUCCAUAGCGUGCUACGGUAUCCUACGCUCGUAUGAUUUUCCCUGCGACUCGAUGUUUGGAUCUGAGGAUUGCGGGAUAAUCACUAUGACUCGUUCAAUGCGGCUCUUAGUGCCUACGCCUGGAAUAGAUAUGGAUUUUGAAAAAUAUGCAAGUGACUUUCUUAAUGGCACGUCUCUUCAAAACUGGUGCAUUUUAAAUUUUCUUCGCUAUUUGGAAGGCUGUAUACAAUUCUCCUCCAAUAGCAAAAAAGAUAUUCUUGAUUCAUUCAAGCGAGCACUUGAGAAGAUGAAUGAUUCCCCUAUCGUGUAUGCUGGCGCGAGGGCGAAAGCCACCAAAUUAUUCAAGAGCGCCGAAGAGAAUUUUCAAAGAAAAGAAAGGCAAAAUAAUCGAGAAAUCAACAGAAAUAUUGAUAUCGCAAAGGUUGCGAUUUCGAAGACUGCAACUAUAAAGCUAGUGGAUACAUUAGAAACUGAAUGCGGAGCAAAGACGAAAAGGCCUCAGGAUGAAGCCCAAACGGACAACCACCAGAUGGACAGCAACGAUGAGCGUGUCUAUAAGAGGGGCACAAUUGUAGAUGAGUUGAUCGAAGGCGAAUCAGAUGAUGAAAGAUCAACAAAAAAAAGUAGAACUGAAGUUGUUGAGGAAGAACAGAUUUCUAACAGUGCGGCUGAUAAUCUUUCAACAAAUGGAGUUGAAGAUGCAAAUGAUAUUCGAAUCCAAGGCAUUUUGAGCAAAGAAAUUCGGGUUGAUGAAAUGACCGUGGAAAUUGUAAAUAUUUUCAACAAUUUCAAGAGCAACAACCGCCAAGAUCUGCUAGCACACAAAGGAGUAAUGGACAUGACGCCAAAAAGUGUUUUUGUGAAACAAAUCCCCGACGAGCUUUACAAAAAAUAUCUUAUGUCGCUGGAAUCUUUUGAUCUUUUGAUUCCGGAAGAAACGCAUGAGUUUCUUGUUAGUUUCUUUGAACAAGAUUUGACAUGCCGACAGUGGUCAGAUGCCGUCGACGCUCUCGAGGGAAAAGUUUAUAAAGAAGAUGUCACUCGUAUGGCAAUAAAAAUCAUCAAAAAAACUAUUGACAAUUUUCUGCAGGCUUUUUCAUUAGAAUACAUGAAUCCCUUACAAAACGCUAAAGCAUUGGAGGCGCCUCACUUGAACGAUUAUAUUCAUCCCUGCUUCAAGGCCGCCCUUUGGCAAUGUGCAAACGUCUACUAUGAAUUGUAA